CCGAUAUCAAAUCUCAUCUUAUCAUUAAUACAACUAAAAAUCUCACUACCUACUCAUAAUACAUACUAAACAAGAUGAAAUGAAAUAAAAUGAGAUAAAACAAAAUAAAACAAAACUGUAUGAGAUGAGAUGAGAUGAGGUGACAAGUAGCUUCAGCAUCUUUCCCCGAUCCCAACCUUCCAUAUGGCUCUCCGACGCUGUCUUCUCAACACCUUCAGCAGGCCGCGUAUAAGACCCUAUAUCCCCUUAUCUUCACGCCGUCUCUUCAACGCGGAAGCCGUCUCACAUCCCUCCAACCGAGUCCAAGUGUACAUAUCGCGGGCGACGGACCCUUAUCUCAACCUUUCCAUCGAGCACUUCUUACUGCAGAAAUCACCUCCGGAGUCCGUCGUCUUGUUUCUGUACACAAACCGUCCCUGCAUUGUCGUCGGCCGCAACCAGAAUCCAUGGCUCGAGGUUAAUUUAGGACUUCUUGGUCCGGGGAGGAGUAAUGUCGUUGACGAGAACGGCGAUAGUGAAGGGUCGGUGCUCCUCGUGCGCCGGCGCUCCGGGGGUGGUACCGUCUUCCACGACUCGGGCAACGUGAACUAUAGCGUCAUCUGCCCGCCAGCCUCCUUCGACCGGAACAAGCAUGCUGUUAUGGUUGUGCAAGCGCUGCGCUCUCUCGGUGUGUCCGGAUCCCGUGUUAAUGAGAGGCAUGAUAUAGUACUAGACGUCCCCGGACAGAAACAGACGCAAACGUUCAAGAUCUCGGGCUCGGCUUACAAGCUAACGCGUCUGCGCUCUCUUCACCACGGCACGUGCCUCUUACAGUCGCCUAACCUACCGCUUGUAGGGCCGCUCCUACGUUCCCCUGCGGCCCCCUUUAUUAAAGCGCGAGGUGUCGAAAGUGUGCGCAGCCCGAUCCGCAACGUAGGGGUACAGGAUACGGCCACCUUCGAGGAGGCCGUCGUCGCCGAGUUUGGUGCUAUGUACGGGAACGUUGAUCCCGAGAUUAUUUGGGUAUCAGACGCCGAGGAGGCUUUGAAUGACGUUCCGGCUAUCGCAAAAGGGUAUGCUGAGCUCAAGUCCCUAGACUGGAUAUACACGCAAACACCACAAUUCACCUUCUCCACGCACCCAACCGAAGACGACCCUCGUCCCAGGCCGCCGCUACCAGACGACCUCCCCCCGGAUUUCCGCGCAGCAAUGACAGUACGUCACGGACAGAUCACCGAGGUCUCCGGACAAGACCUACCCGCGUCCCUAGAAUCCGCGUACCUCCACCAAAUCACCGACUGGCGGACUAAAGUCGAUAGCGAGCCGGUUGGAAGAUGGCUUAACAACUUAUUCGGGGUUAUAGAUAAAAACUAGUUUUCUAACUACGUACUCGGGAUAGUAACCCUACGUCUACAUUGGCUAGGCGAUAUCAUAUAACCUAGCUACACAGCUAGGUUAGUCCUGUAUAUAAGGUAUAUUAUACCGAUGCA